GCAAUAUUUGGCGAAAUAUGAUGAAAGAAUGCUGGGUGUCUCGGCAACCCUAGACACUCCGCCAUUUUAGAUUUGUUGUCAACCUGAAAAGAGAUAUGUACCUUAUGGCUAUCGUGUUUUCUUCAGUUGUAUUCGAAAUGGCAGAAAAUACCGUGCUAAGUACCAGGAAUUAUGAUGUUAUAUUGCGUUCAUUUGAUAGAUUAUUUAAAAUGCAAAAUAUUAUGAGACCUAAGACAGAAAUUUUUAUUUAUCAUCCUUGUUCUACUUGGAAUAUGAUGGCGUCUAAGUGGAGUGUUUACUAAAGGUUUUAAAUUAUCUUCGUUUGUAAAAAGACUUAUUCUUCAACUGUGAUAAUGUCGCUGAACUUUAUUGAAACAAUUCUGGAGAAACUUUCACUUAAGGACAGUGGAAAUUCUAUAUUGAAGAAUUGGACUGGAUCGCAAAGCUUAAUAAGCAGUAACGGGAGUUUCAACGAUAGUAUUUUAUUUAAAUAUCAAGAAGCUCUACUUGAAGCGAAUGACAGUUCUUCAACUACCCUUGCAAUUAAGCGAUCGCCUUUAGAGUCGACUAUGUUUCCUUUUCAUCAUAGUGUAUCACCUAAUAGUUUGGUAAGUCGUGUUUCUAAGUUGUUUUUUCCUACUGCAUCAUCAUUUCAAGAUUACAGUCGUAGGAUCCAAGAUAUAAAUACAAAUCACAACUUUUCAUUGAAUAAAAUUCGCACAGAAGAUAAUCUUUGGGAAGAAUUUAUGCAAGAAGCUUUUAAUUUUGCUGUAAAUAUUAGUGAAUACCAUUCCAGUUGUAAUUAUAAUCCAUAUAAUUCUGCAAAACAAUCCAUUGAUACAUCAGAUUUGUCGGACACUGUUGCUAGAAUUUGCUCUAGCUCCAGUAUCAACAAGGUACCUGACAUGGUUGCUGAGUGUUUCGCAGAGAGCUCUCCAUCUCACCAUAUGGAGAAGCAUACAAUGCCAAAAGUAAUUGUUGAAGCUCCAGCAUCAAGUUCCAAACAAGAAAAAGGCAAGAAGUUGAGCGAAUUAGAUAUGGCAGUGGUAACUGUCAGUGACAAUUCCACUGUUAAGAAAAAAAAGUGUGCUGCUGAUAAUGGAACUCUGAGUCAAGAAUUAGCAAACCGUAAAACAAAAGAACUUCAGAAAAGAUCUAAAAACAGAAGACGUAGGCAGAAAAAAGGUAAUAAAAAUAAAAUGCAAAAGAAUUCCUCAAGUAUCUGCACUGACCAAAAUCCAGUGUCACAAAAGCCAUGUAAAGUUGAGUCUGCAAUGUCUCGAAUUGGCUGUGGUCUGAUGAACAAUGUGCAAAAGUGUGCAAGAUCUAAUUCUGCUACUCUUUGUAAUGUGAUAAAUAUAACAGAUAAUGCCAACGGUGUUCAAAUAAUUCUACCUAAUAUAUCAUCAUUUGUAAUUACUGUGGAUAGUGCUGGUGAUGAUUCUGACUGGGAUGAAAAUAGCGAUUCUGAAUGGUUGAAUGAUACUUCAGAAUUUGAAUUUUCUGGACUUAAUGUGGCAAAUUUACCUUCUUCAAAACCAAAUACUUCACUUCUCUCUGUACCUCAAUGCCACGAUGAAGAUGCAGAAGAAUUCCAGUUGAGUAUGCUGCUUCAUAGAGUUAACAAAGAAUGGGAUGAAGCUACUAAGGAUUUAGAUGGAAAGUCAAGAUCAUCUACAAAGGUCUCAUUUGUUCCUGAUGAUGAACUUGUGGAAGUUUUGCCUGUAGAAAUUUAUGAAAGAAAAGGCGAGUGGGAGAUGUAUGCUGUUGAAAGAUUGCGUUUUAAAAGAAGAAUUGACGAACUUGAAAAAAUAAUUUCCCCUUGUCUUACUAGAGAACACAGAGAAAAAAUUUUACAGAAAUAUCCUACAGAUUUAUGACCUUUGUAAAGUUAUAUAAAUGUAUGUCUUUAAAACCAUUUGUAAAUAUAAUUUAUUGAAGUUGAAUAACAAAAUAUUACUUAAUGUCCAUAAAAUUAUAUAUGUAAUAUUUGUAUAUCUGUAAAUUUUCUCAGUAAAAAGUAUUUUCUAAGCAAAAUA